CAACGAAAACGUUUGAAAUACCUUUUAUCUCUGGAUUGCGAAAACUCAAUUUCCUCCAUUCAUCCCGCGGCUCUAUCCGCUUUCUAAAAGCCAACAAAUGCGAUUCAAUAGGAUCUUCGCCUCCAUUUUAACACCAGCCACAAGGAAUCUCUAUCUCUCUACCCUGCAUUCCUCCAUUAUCGGUGAAACUCAGUUCCUGGUCUGUGUUUUCCGGGUGCUCUCUUUUCAGCUAGGUGCAAAGAAUGGCUCAAAUUUUAGCUCCAUCCGUUCAAUGGCAGCUGAAAACUAAACAGACUUCUAUGAGUGCAAGCUCCAUUACCCCUAAGAUGUGGAGUUCUUUGCUUCUGAAGCAGAGCAGUAAAGUAGCAGUGAAGAGCUCUGCAAAGUUCAGAGUCCUGGCUCUCAAAUCUGAUGGCAGCACUAUCAACAGGAUGGAAGAUCUGCUUAAUCUCGACGUUACUCCUUAUACCGACAAGAUUAUUGCUGAGUAUAUCUGGAUUGGAGGAUCUGGCAUUGAUUUGCGUAGUAAGUCAAGGACCAUAUCGAAGCCUGUUGAACAUCCAUCUGAGUUACCAAAGUGGAACUAUGAUGGAUCUAGUACUGGACAAGCACCCGGAGAAGACAGUGAAGUCAUUCUAUAUCCUCAAGCAAUUUUCAAGGAUCCCUUUCGUGGUGGCAACAACAUUUUGGUUAUUUGUGAUGCAUACACACCAGCUGGUGAGCCCAUCCCUACAAACAAACGCCACAGAGCUGCUGAGAUUUUCAGCAACAAGAAGGUUGUGGAUGAAAUUCCCUGGUAUGGUAUAGAGCAAGAGUACACCUUACUUCAAACAAAUGUGAAGUGGCCUUUAGGUUGGCCAGUUGGAGCUUAUCCUGGUCCUCAGGGCCCUUAUUAUUGUGGUGUCGGAGCUGAUAAGUCGUUUGGCCGAGACAUAUCAGAUGCCCACUACAAGGCUUGUUUAUAUGCCGGAAUCAACAUUAGUGGCACCAAUGGAGAAGUCAUGCCUGGCCAGUGGGAGUAUCAAGUUGGUCCUAGCGUCGGGAUCGAAGCUGGAGAUCACAUUUGGUGUUCUAGAUACAUUCUUGAGAGGAUCACUGAGCAAGCCGGGGUAGUUCUCACACUUGAUCCAAAACCAAUUGAGGGUGACUGGAAUGGAGCUGGAUGCCACACCAAUUACAGUACAAAGAGUAUGAGGGAGGAAGGAGGCUUCGACGUCAUAAAGAAGGCAAUUCUGAAUCUGUCUCUUCGCCACAAUGAGCAUAUCAGUGCCUAUGGAGAAGGGAAUGAGAGAAGGUUGACAGGAAAGCACGAAACAGCAAGUAUCAACACCUUUUCCUGGGGAGUGGCUAACCGUGGCUGUUCGAUCCGUGUGGGACGUGACACUGAGAAGCAAGGCAAAGGUUAUUUGGAAGACCGACGUCCUGCUUCAAACAUGGACCCGUACGUCGUGACCUCACUGCUGGCAGAAACAACACUACUAUGGGAGCCAACACUUGAAGCCGAGGCACUGGCUGCUCAGAAACUGUCAUUGAAGGUCUAGAGCCAAUGAAUCAUAUUUGGUCUUGUGGGCAAAGUUCUAAGUCGAUAAAUUUACCAAAACCUGCAGAAGAAUUUUCCUCAUUCUGUUAGAUAAUUUUUGUAAAUAAAGGUCUUUAAGUCUUCCAGUCAAAAAAAAAAAACAAAAAGCUUUUGAAGCAACAAAAAAAUCUUCAUCUAUUUACUUUGUAGAUGGUAUGGCUUGUUUCUGAUUGAAUAUGAUGCAGAUGUUCAUUUUAUUUGAAUGCUUGUUCAAUUGGAUUCAGACAGUGCCCCUUGAUCAGUUAUCACCUGAUUAUGAAUUUAUGCA